AUGACAACGGAGGAAGUGAGUCAGCUAGGCGCUGAGCAAGGGGAGGACGGAAACGGGGACAGUCAGGAGUUAGAAAAGAAUGAGCAAACAAUGGAGAGCAUAAGCAAAGUUGAAGAGAAUAAUGAACAUGUACAGAAAAGGUUCGAAGCGCUAAAUAACACCAUCGAAAAUAUGAACAUUCACUUUAAUACAAUUCUAAAGGACAAUGAAGAGAAAUACAUUUUGGCAUUCAACACCUACAUGUAUGACGUACAGAAGGAAAUACGUGUUUUAAAGAAAAUCGUCAAGGAAGAAAAAAUAAGGGAGCUAAAGGACGAACGGGUCAAGAAACUGCAGAAGGAACUUAAGUGGUACAUAAACGAGUGCCUACGGUUGGACAACGUUUCCCAGUUUUUGAAGAAGGAGGCGGAGAAGUGGAAGAGGAACAGUGAACUAAUGAAGAAUCAUAUGCUGUUUCUGGAGAAGAAGCUUGCCAAAAUGUAUGAUAAGGUGAUUUUGAAGGAAGAGCCGGGGGUGGGAGCCGAAACGGGAACACAAGCGAAAGAAGGGCCCUUUUACAGAAAGGAGGGAAACGCACAGAAGAGAAAUAUUGCACCAAAGAAAGCGCAGAAAAGAGAGCAAUAUGUUGGGGGCGCGCAGUGUGGAGGACAGAGCGAGGGCGGCAAGGCCGAGCGUAUAUCGAAGCAUAAAUCGAAGAUGGAGGAGAACAACUCUAAGGAGUUGCAGCACAGAGUAGCCAACUUAGAAAAGAAACUGAAGAAGCAAAUAAACAUAAAUUGCAGUUUACAAGAAAAACUUACAAAGCAUUACAUCGAAAAGUCGCAGUAUGAAAAACUGUUCAUGGAAUGUGCACUACAAGUUAAAAAAGAUCUAGCGAAAUUAGCCAUGAGCAAUGACAAGGAGAAGUAUGUAGAAGAAAAUUUCACGUCAUUAAUGAAUGAAGCAGAACUGAGUUACUUUACCAAGGAGGAAAAGAAAAAGUUACUCGUGUCCUUUUUCUCCUCCAACGAUUUGAUCCAGUUCGUGAAGAAAAACGUUUUCUGUAAGGAUAGGACAUCUUUCGACUUGCAGCCAAAAAAUAGCUACCCGAGUAGAGCGAUCAAGUACCAGAAACUGUCUGACAUUUCGCCCUUCAUUUUGUGA